CCUCCAACUCAAAAGUAUCAAACCGUUGCCGCUGCAUUAAAAACUGAAGAGAAGUGCUCUACCUCUCUACGGUUAAUCAUUUCAAAAGCAAAAUAAACGCGAGAAGGAAAGAAUCUCGUAUACUCAGAUUUGCAUCCUCUCGCCGGCGGAAUAUGACUUCGUCACUGCCGCCGGUUCAUGCAUCACCAGAUCUCGACCGUUCAUUUCCUUCACCAUUGUCGCCAACGUCAUCACCAUCAUCGUCCUCAUCGUUCGAUGCUGACAAUAAGAUCGCUGAUGUUCACUUGCUUUCUGGGGAUUUGAGUAGCAACAAUGGACGUGGUACUGCUAAACACCAACCACGCCGCCGAGCCGCCGCCGGUGGGAAGCCGGCUAAGCCUCAGAGGCAGCAGUCUUUCGGCCAAGAUAUCGGGCAUGCUGCCUCUGAAACUUACUUGCUCACCCGGCUCACCAUCACGCUUCUCCGAUAUCUCGGGGUAGGCUACCGGUGGAUCACAAGACUAGCUGCGCUUGCAUUCUAUGCUAUUUUACUUAUGCCUGGCUUCCUUCAAGUUGCAUACUAUUAUUUCUUCUCAAGUCAGGUGCGUCGUAGUAUCAUUUAUGGAUAUCAACCCAGAAACAGGUUGGAUCUAUAUUUGCCAGAAAAUAUAGAUGGGCCGAAGCCAGUUGUUGCAUUUGUAACUGGUGGUGCCUGGAUUAUUGGGUACAAAGCGUGGGGUUCUCUUCUAGGAAAACAGUUGGCAGAAAGAGACAUCAUAGUGGCAUGUAUCGAUUAUCGAAAUUUUCCCCAGGGAACCAUAAGUGAUAUGGUAAGUGAUGCAUCUCAAGGGAUCUCAUUUAUCUGCAAUAACAUCUCAGAAUAUGGAGGUGAUCCUAACAGGAUUUACCUUAUGGGACAAUCAGCUGGUGCACAUAUUUCUGCUUGUGUUCUUGUGGAGCAAGCACUCAAAGAAGCUAGGGGAGAAGAGACCAUCUCCUGGAGUGUCUCGCAAAUAAAAGGUUAUUUUGGGCUAUCUGGAGGGUACAAUUUAUGCAAGCUAGUUGAUCACUUUAAUAAUCGAGGUCUAUAUCGCUCCCUCUUCUUAAGCAUAAUGGAAGGUGAAGAAUCCUUGCAAUUAUUUUCUCCUGAAGUUAGAGUACAGGAUCUAAGCUUUAAAGAUGCUGUUUCACUCUUGCCUCCUAUUACUCUCUUUCAUGGAACUGCAGAUUAUUCCAUACCAUCAACUUCCAGUCAAACUUUUGUGGAUGCUCUCCAAAGGGUAGGAGCUCAGGCUGAUCUAAUUUUGUACGAGGGAAAAACUCACACAGACUUAUUUUUACAAGAUCCACUAAGAGGAGGUAAAGAUGACCUUUUCGACCAUUUGGUAGCAGUAAUACAUGCUGAUGAUAAGGAAGCUUUAGCCAAGGAUGCUACCCCACCUCCAAGAAGACGACUUGUUCCUGAAGUGUUGUUAAGGUUGGCUGGUCAUAUUAGUCCAUUUUAGGUCUUAUAUCUUCAGACGGUUUGACACAAUUAGCUGUUCCAUACUUUUUAUUCUUUCUUAAGCUAGCUCCUUUGUGUAUCCUAUUCUUAUACCUUUCAUGGCAGCUUUGAGCAUUUAAGCAAUUCUUUAUUGGAACUCUGCCUGCUUCUAUUACUCGAGAAAUUAUGCAUAAACUAGUUUAAUUC